AUGUAUUUCCACAUUAUCAGCACAAUCUGGGCCAUGCUAACGGGACUUGGCAUAUCAGGUAACACAUCGGUUUUUGUGACUUAUAUGUGCAAUUUGGGGCAGGACACCAAGAACAAAUCAAUACAGCUCAUUCUUAUGCACUUCAUUUUCACAAAUACCUUAAUGCUUGUUUCCAAAGGAGUGCCAAAGACAAUAGCAGCUUUUGGCGUGAGAAACUUCCUAGAUGACAUAGGCUGUAAGAUCAUCUGUUACCUGGAGAGGGUGGCCCGGGGCCUGUCCAUCUGCACCAGUGCUCUCCUCACGGUGGUCCAGGCCGUCACCAUCAGUCCCAGACGCUCUGGGUGGAGGAAACUCAAGCCCAGGUCUGCAUGGUGCAUCCUCCUUCUGCUUCUCUCUUUUUGGGGUCUCAACUGUUUGAUAGCCACCAACUUACUCUAUUCUAUCACAAAUGUCAGCAUGAAUUCAUCACAGAUUAAUAACAGUGAGAGUUAUUGUUAUUUUCUACCAGAAAGUGAAAACGUAAAGUGGAUUUUCCUCACCUGCAUGGUGCUACGGGAUGCGGUGUUUCAGGGCGUCAUGAGUGGGGCCAGUGGCUACAUGGUGUGUGUUCUCCACAAACACCACCAGCAGGUUCUUCAUUUGCAGAACUCCAAGUUCCUCUACACAGCUCCUCCUGAAAUCAAAGCUGCUCAGAGUGUUCUCCUACUGAUGCUUGGUUUUCUUUUGUUUUACUGGAUAGAUUGUCUCCUUUCUCUAUUUAUAAGUUCCUCCAUAGUUUUUCAGUCUACUGUCAUAAGUGCUCGAGAAUUUCUCGCUGUGGGUUAUGCGGUUCUUAGUCCAUUUGUACUGAUUCACAGGGAAGGUCACCUGGGUCAUUGUUGGAGCCCUUGUGGGACAGAGAGACAGUGA